CCAUGACAAGAACCACUACUAGUCCUUCAUUUCUCUUCUCCUACAAUUUUUUUUUUUCCUGAUCAUUCAAACAACAAGAUCAAGUUUAGACUUGUCCUUGUCUACUGCUUCGAGUGUUCUCUCUUGUCAUGUUUGCUUAAUUUUCUUUAAUUAAAUUUAACCUUUUCAACUACUCUCAAGCUUAUCUUUAAGCUUUUGCAUUUCCGGCCCACAUCUGCUUUUUAUUUAUACAAAAAGUCUUGCAGAAACUUCUCUUAAGACAAAAAUCAUCCUGAAGCUAGAGAUUUGAAGAAACAAAAAAAAUGGGAGUGGAAGGCACUUUGGAAUACUUAUCCACUUUAUUAAGCAGUGCUAAAAAACGCAAGAAGAAGAAGCAAAUUCAAACUGUAGCGCUCAAAGUCAGGAUGGACUGUGAAGGGUGUGAGCGUAAGGUCAAGAAUGUUCUCUCCGGAGUAAAGGGGGCUAAAUCUGUGGACGUGGACAGGAAGCAGCAGAAGGUGACUGUUACAGGUUAUGUUGAGCCGAAGAAGGUGUUGAAGGCAGCUCAAUCAACCAAGAAAAAAGUGGAGAUGUGGCCUUAUGUUCCAUACACACUGGUGGCUCAUCCUUACGUUGCUCAGGCUUAUGACAAGAAGGCACCUCCUAAUAUGGUCAGGAGCAUUCCCAAUACUGUCACAAUUAAUGAGACCACCGUGGAUGACCGCUACACCAACAUGUUCAGUGAUGAAAACCCAAAUGCCUGCUCCAUCAUGUAGAUCAAAUAUUACCAAAUCGAUCUGCUUGUAUAGAAAUGUUAAUCGUAGGCUAAGCUAGCUAUACAUCUAGCUGCAGCAGGGGUUUGUGUUUUGUUGAUAGGGUUUGAUGAUUAUGUUAAUAUCGAUCUCUGUUUUGAAUUUUCUUUUAGAGAGUUUGUGCACGGUGGACAUGAGCUUUGGAAAUGGGAACUGUUAUUGAAUGAAUGAAAAUGUGUGGGUUGCUACUCAUUUCAGUAA